AUGACCUUGCUACUCAGUAUCGGCCCGCAUCAGGCUCUCCUGGAUGAGGCAGAAGCCGAGCGCUUUGCCGAGAGCCCCGCAGACGUGGCACAGGAAGUCCACGACCGCAUCGUGCUGCUCUUCCUGUCGAGCUACCCGCUUUGGGUCGUUGCCCGUUGGGGCAUCGGCUUUCCGAUCCUUUCCGGUGCGCUCUCCUGCGCCCAGUGGCGGGAGAAAGUCUUGAAUCCUCCAGUGAAGGCCAGUUUGAUGGCUCUUCCUCUCGGUCUCGUCUACCACCUCCAAGACGUUGGCCCUCCUUGGGCUUGGGAAGCAGUGGCAGAGUCGCUCAAGCCAGCCGUCAAAGCGCUGGACUAUGCUGGACGAUGCACUGUGCCGUUGCUUCUGAUGGGGCUGGGUGCAAAGAUAGACGGCAGCUUCAACGAAGUGCGCAAUGCGCCUCGUUCGACAGGAUACCAGAAGCUUGAGACACCCACUGCACCACCGACAACCGUCAAGAUUGGUGCUGCUCAAGAAACGAGCGAUGCAGAAGCAGGGGAGAACGGCACAAAGAAUGCUGCUCCCACGACAUCUCCUACCGGCACCUGCCCGCCGCCUCUGCCGCGGUCGGCGUUGUUUGCGGUUAUGAUGCUACGUCAAUUUUUGGGACCGUUGCUGGGCCUUGGACUUGUGUUUGUUUUGAAGAAGUUGUUCGGUGUGACGGACCGUCUCGUCCUCAUGACUCUCCUCCUUCAAACCUGUGGUCCUCCAAUGAUCAACCUCGCUGUGAUGGCCGGCGUUUCGGGGAAUGCUGAGAAGGAAACGGCGCGGCUUUUGCUCGUCACUUACUCCGCCUCCGUGUUGACGUGGGUGCUUUGGACGACUGUUUUCCUGGCCGUGCUGUAG